GGCAACCAAGAGUGAUCUGCGGAGCCUUAUCAGACCCAGCCCCAAGCACACACCAGCCUCUCAUGGGCUGCGCGUCGUCCAAGGAGGCCAAAGCCAAGAGGGGCACUGCGGCCGCCAAAGAUGACGCAUGGGCCUCCCCUGCCAAGAUAGAGAAGGACAAGGACGGCAAGAAGGCACAGACCACGAAAAUCGAGGUGGUCAAGGACAACAUUGUGGAUGAAAAGGCGAGGCCACCAAAGGACAAGAAGAAAGACAAGGGAAAGGCUGCCGUAUCGGUGAAGGAGAUCAGGGCGGUGCCGGCGAAGAAUGUGAGAAGCCCUUAGUGAUAGAUGGAUGCAUUUGAAGCGGCGGAAGGAGGAAAGCCCCAAAUGACUUCUUUGUCUUCUUGAUGCAGGUUGAGCCGACUGCCGAUUCGCCCGUUCCCGUGACUACUUCUCACCCUAGCCCCAGCCCCUCCCCCACCCUCGCCCCCAUCGUUCACCAGUCUCAUGAGAGGAGGGACCAGCCGUCGGUGGCCAGGGACACCUUCUCGCCUCCUGUCUCCCCACAUGAGUGGGACAGGGGAUCGCCUGAAGUGCCCGAAAACCUAUCGCAAGCGCAGAGACAGCAGGUGAGCGCAGGGCAGGCAAGACUCGCUCCAUUCCAUCUGGCUCACGUGGUUUGGCGUGAUCGUCUCUGCAGGCAGAAUUGAUGGCUGAGAAGCGUCAGAGAUUCGACCCAUCCAAGUAUCGCUCUGCGGGCUAUGUCUCAGGCGCCAGCGAUCAGUUGCAGGCGGCAGACAUGUCCUCCCCUCCCCCAACCAAUGACCUGCCGGCCGCCCUGCCCCCUCCUCCAGAGACAUUUGACCGACAGGGAUAUCACUGGCUCCAGCAGCAGCAGCAGCAGCAGAUCGAAGAAAUGGGUGGCGUGCCUCCGAGGAUGGACGAUAUGCAGAUGGAGGAUGUGGAAGACGAUUUCGAUGCGAUGAUCCAGCAGCUCCCGCCGCCGCCCAAGAAUUUGGGGCUCAUGCACAGACCCGCAGGUAUGCAAUCGACACGCACAGACAGGCAGAGAGAGGGAGACACACGGGUCGGAGACCUGGCAUGUCUCUGUGUCUCGGCCGUGUGUUAAUGUGCAGCAGUGCCCACCCAGGGGUCCUACGAGGUGGGCCGGCUAUCACAGCACAGCAGAUGAUCCAUUCUUGCCUGUCUCCACCUCUUGCGCUCACUCGCCUUUGCCGUGUUGCUCUUCGUUUAUGUGCAGUAUCGCUCGUCCCCUCCCCCGGUGGUGCACCACAACCAUGAGAUGCCUAGCCUGCCUGGUGUGAUGCCGGACGAUGCUUUGCCACUCGAUGUGUCACAUGAAGUCAAGUCAAGGUCAGCAACAGACGGAGGAAGGGAGAGGGAGGGAAUGUGGACGCAUCGGUUGUUCUUUCUGUGGUCGUACAGAAAUCGCCAUUUCGACGAGGCUGAUGAAAUGAUGAUGGACGACAUAUUGCAAGAGAUAGAGUCCACCUAGGUGCUACUACUGAACAACACCGCCGGGUGUUGUCG